AUGAACUUGGUGGCGGUUCACUUCUGCAGGGACUUUCGGCCGACGCUCCCGCUCGCGACGCAUCACCGAAGACACCGAGAGGCGUCUGCAGUCUCCACUCGCACGAUCCACAGGGUUGAGGGCCGCCGGGCCUCCCCGUCCCCGCCACGGGGUCGUCGCGUCUCCCCUUCCCCGCCGCCACCGCGGGGCCGACGACUCUUCCCGCCGGGCCCGGCUAGCUUCCGAGCUAGCGGCCGAGGGGAGUCGCGCUCCGACUUCGCCCGGGACGGCCGCGGAGACCAUCCAGGCGACAGCGGCAGCCGGAGACGCUCUCCUAGUCUUCGUUCUGACUCUUCUUUGGAACAGAGCUUAAGGAUCACUGUUGGCAAUGACCAUUUCUGUGUUAGCACACCGGAACGGCGACGGCUUAGUGAUCGGCUGGGCUCACCAGUGGAUAAUCUGGAAGACAUGGACAGGGAUGAUUUGGCUGAUGAUUCUGUCUUCACUCGAAGCUCCCAAGGCUCUCGGGGUCUUGAGAGAUACAUUUCCCGGGAAGAGCGGCCUCUUAGUCCCUUCUUAGGACAACUUGAUGAGGACUACCGAACAAGGGAAACUUUCCUGCAUCGAUCUGAUUAUAGUCCCCAUAUGAGUUGUCAUGAUGAACUGUUGCGGGGAACAGAACGAAAUAGAGACAAACUCAAAGGCUCCUACUCUAUACGAUCUGAAGAAAGGAGCCGGGAAGUCAAAAGGCCUCGUUUUGAUGAUACGGAGAAGAUACACAGCAUGGGAGGGGAUCACCCAAGUUUUACAUCAGGGACUCGCAACUAUCGACAGCGUAGACAAAGUCCAAGUCCUAGGUUUCUAGAUCCUGAGUUUCGAGAGCUGGAUCUUGCAAGACGAAAGCGAGAGGAAGAGGAGGAACAAAGUAGGAACUUGAGUCAGGAGUUAGUGGGAGUUGACAGUGGUGGCACUAGCUGUUCCAUCCCUGGAUUGUCAGGUGUAUUGACAGCAACAGAGCCAGGUUAUUCUUUGCACCGGCCUGAGGAAGUGUCUGUUAUGCCCAAGAAGUCUAUUCUGAAGAAACGGAUUGAGGUGGACAUGGAGCCUUCCAUGCAGCCCGAGAAUUUUUCCAGCAGUACUAACUCCAACCAGGAUCACCCUCUUUACUCCGGACACUCAUCUCUUCCACUAAGUGGUGCUAUUGCUGCUUUUUCCUCAGAGAUUGAAAACAAGGGGACUACAGUGGAACCUGCCCUGAAGGGACCUCAGGCUAAACUCUUCCAGUGGGGUCCCCUCCCUGGAAUACCCAAAGAGAACAGUCCUCUCAAAGAAAAAUUUGGAAGUUUUCUGUGCCACAAGGAAAAGUUAGGUUUGAAGACUGAAGGAACUGAGAGGCAUAUAGACUUUUUACUACCCCAUGAGCGAGCUAGUCAAGAUGGCAGUGGUUUUUCCCGUAUCCUGAGCAUGCUGGUUGAUUCUACCAGUACACAGGAAAAAAGGCAAUGUAGCUUCCCUGACAUUGAAGAUGAGGAAAAAUUUCUCUAUGGUGAUGAAGAAGAGGAUUUAAAGACAGAAUCCCCACCAAAGUCCAUUGGCUCUGAGAGUAAAGUUACAAGGCAAAAGACAAGUUCCCUUUCCUCCUCAGCUCCAGCUAUAAAGUUAGAAUCACUAGAAGAGACAAAUUCAGAAUAUGCCAAGAUUCAUGACUUGCUUAAGACCAUAGGGCUGGAUAUUGGAGUAGCAGAGAUUAGUAAACUAGCUGCUCGCACCCAAGAACGGCUUCAUGGGAAGAAACCAUCAUCACGUUCCUCAGCUGACCGCCGUUCUUCUGUUGACCGACACUUCUCAGCUGACCGCUGUUCCUCAGUUGACCACCAUUUGUCAGCUGAUCAGCACUCCUCAGAUCACCAUAGAUUGGAAAGCAGGGAGUCACAUCAUAGCAAUACUCAUUCUCCAGAGGUGUCCCAUCCACACCCAUCCUCCCCUGUAGAUCCUUAUCUGCUUCCAAAAAAUAGUCCUCCUUUCUUAAAGUCUGAUCAUCCAGUUGGUCAUAUUUCAGGACAAGAGGUGGUUGGCAGUGGGUUUCAGUCAUCUGUUGCAGUCAGGUGCAUGUUGCCAUCAACCCCAUCUACCCCAAUUAGACUUCCACACUCUGCUUCUUUAUCUCAGUUUCAUAUGCCAAGGACUUCUCAGUUUGUUGCAGCUCGGAUACCUCCAAACUACCAGGGAGCUACCAUUCCUGCUUCCUCCUUUGACACCUAUAGGCACUAUAUGGCAUAUGCAGCCUCAAGAUGGCCUAUGUAUCCUGCCUCUCAACCAUCAAACCACCCUCUGCCUGAACCACACAGGAUAAUGCCAGUAGCCAAACAAGCUACUCGUAGCCGUCCCAAUCUUCGUAUAAUCCCCACUGUGACUCCUAAUGAACCCAAACAGAAGAAGUCAGUUCGAGGCUCACUUCCUGCUACCCAAGUGCCUGUUCAGGUUUCUAUCCCAUCACUCAUAAGAUAUAAUCCAGAAAAGAUCUCUGAUGAGAAGAAUCGUGCUUCCCAGAAGCAGAAGGUUAUUGAAGAGAGGGAAAAACUAAAGAGCGACCGGGAAGCUCGCCAGAAGAAAAUGUACUAUCUCAGGACUGAGUUGGAGCGGCUUCAUAAACAACAAGUUCCCAGGCUGUAUUCCAAGGAUAUCACAACAGUGAUAAAAUAUGGAGGUUACCGCUUUCUCGAAUUAACCGUAAACAAUGAGAAGUCACGAAUUAAUAGCCCUCAGCCUGCUGAAAACCCUCAACCAAUUACCGAGAAGUCUGAUCAGCCCACUCCUGCUUAUGAGUACUAUGAUGCUGGCAGUCAUUGGUGCAAAGACUGUAAUACUAUUUGUGGGACCAUGUUUGACUUUUUCACCCAUAUGCACAAUAAGAAGCAUACACAGACACUGGAUCCCUACAACAGACCUUGGGCUUCCAAGACCCAGAGUGAGACCAAGCAAGAUGCUAUAAAGCGCACUGAUAGGAUAACUGUUCCUGCAAAAGGCUCUGAGUUUUUAAUUCCCAUCACUGGAUUUUACUGCCAGCUCUGUGAGGAAUUUUUUGGGGAUCCAAUUUCUGGAGAGCAACAUGUAAAGGGUCACCAACAUAAUGAGAAAUACAAGAAAUAUGUGGAGGAAAACCCAUUGUAUGAGGAGCGGCGGAAUCUGGACCGCCAAGCUGGCUUGGCUGUCGUCCUAGAGACAGAACGGCGACGGCAGAAUGAACUAAAGCGCAAACUUAGUGAGAAACCAAAGGAAGAGAAGAAAGAAAAAAAGGCAAAGGUUGUGAAAGAAGUGAAGGAAGAUGAACAGGUCUCUGCAGAAUUAGAGGACCAGCUCUCUGAAGGUGGGAAUUCCCCUGAAAAAGCUGAAAAUAAAAGGAACAUUAGCAUCAAACUCCAUGUGAAAGAAGAGGUGAAAAAGGAACCACCAAUAUCAUCAUCUUUUGGGAAAUUUAGCUGGAAGAAGACAGAAAAAGAAGAGGAGAAAAGUUCAGUGGUGGCCCCAAGCAUCCUUAAGGAAGAGGCUAUAGAAAAUAGUAAGGACAAGGAAGAUGUCAAAGCUGAACCUGGGAAGGCAAAGCCCAUCAAAAUCAAGCUUUCUGGGAAAACUGUUGUUGCACAUACUAGCCCUUGGAUGCCUGUUACAACUUCAACACAGACUAAAAUUCGACCCAACCUGCCUAUCCCAUCUACAGUACUCCGCAAAUCAGGUUCAGCCACAGUGAGCAAGCCCGCUCCUCUUAAUACCUUUCUGUCUAUCAAGUCCCCUGGAACUACUGCUAAACCUCUGCCAGUGGUUAAAGAGUCUUCAGCUGAUCUCCUCUUGCCUCCAGAUAUCAUCUCCAAAGCUUUUGGAGGGGAAGAGGUGAUUCUAAAAGGAUCUCCAGAGGAAAAAACGGUGCUAGCUGAAAAAAAUGAGCUAUCCCAUAUACCUGAGCAGAUGUUGCCACCUCCCCCACCCCCCCCACCCCCACCACCUCCACCACCCCCAAUUAUACCUCAUCCAGUUGCUCCAACUCCUACUCACGUAAAUACUGCCUUGGCUCCUAUAAAAUCCAACUCAGUUGUAUCUCAGACUCUUAGUGCUGGUUUUCUGGGUUCAAAUAGCUUGAAUCCAGAAAUGUCUGUAACUAUCAUGCGUUCAGCACAGCCACCUGCCAUUCCUUCUGAUGAAACGGCUCCUGGGGUGAGUGAGAGUGACCAAGACCAGACUCUGUUCUCUGUAUUAGUACGUCCUCCACCACCCCUCUCAAGUGUAUUCACUAAACAAGCCAAAAAAUUGGAGAAGCGAAAUCCAUGCUUAGCCACAGCCAAUGCUAAGGACCUAUAUGACAUAUUCUACAGUAGUGGUGGAAAAGGAGCCCCUGAGACUAAGCUGAGCUGUGGCCCAUUGGCCAAUGGGGAAAAUAAUAAUCUCACCAAGACUGAAAGUUCAGAUACCUCUUCUACCUUGAACAGCAGUGCUUCCCAAGAGGACUUACCUCAAGAUAGGGAUUUGGUUACUGCACCUGUAGUCAGUAACCCUGAAAAUCCCAUUGCAGAAACACUGGUGUCCAUAGGGAAAUGGCCAGUUGUAGAGCAUGUAGACUCAAAAGGCAGAGACAGCAGUCAUGGCUUCUUACAGCCUUUGGCAAGGUUGUGCCAAAACAGGCCUUAUGAAACUGUUACCCCAAAGACAGAUACUUUGGCCUCAUGGACUUCCAGCUCCCUCCAGAGUGACAUUGAUAGAGAUAUACUUCCACAAGGGAAAAUUGAUUUUGGCCCGGGAGAGCCAGUACCACCUGGUAUAGACUUACCUCCUCAACUAGACACAGAUACACACUGUCAAACCAAGGAUUCUCAGAAGUUGGUAAAAGUUCAUCUUACAGAUUCUGAUAAUCAAGACAAGGGGAGCCAAGAGCUCCUCCAACCUGAUAACUGUGGAGAAAGUGAGAUAGAGACAAAUACUGAAACAAAAGGAAAGGUGGAAAUUGAAGAGGGAGUAGGUGCCAGCAUUGUGCUCCAUACCCACAGCUUAGCAGAUUCAGAUUUAAAUAGCAAGAACAGAUGGGAAGGAGAAGUAAAACAGCCCAAAUUCAGUAACAAAGAAGCAGAACAACCUAAGAAAUUGGUGACAGGAUAUGAAACCCCAAGUAAAGUAGUAAUUGAAUUGAGUAGUGCACAGGCAUUCUCCUCUACAAAGGCAAAAAUAGAUACAUUUUCAUCAGAAACAAUAUCCUUAUUCCAUAAUCCACAAGAUACACCUAGAAUUUCUGCCCCAGUAUUGCUGCUUGAGUCCCCAGCCAGAUCAGAUAUAUGUUUAACAGGUAGUCCCCAGAAGAAAGGAGUUAACAUUGACAGUCAAGAGUGGCUUGAAAAUUCAGCUUCCAGGACUUCUAGGUAUAGAACCUUCAAAUUCAAGAAAGAAAGAUCAAAAGAUUUUCAAGGUAAAAUGAUCUACAAGCCUUCUGUUUGGAACAAGAACAAGAGGCCAGAGAAACCAGAAGUGGAAGUUGUAGAGCCACAAGAUAUCUGUCCAGAACAGACAGUGACAAUAGAAACUGAGGCUAAGGAGCUUGCUGCCCGGAGUAAUCUGGGAAGUAUGCAUGUUGACUUGUGCAGUACUCAGGUAGCACAUGGAUCCCCAAGUACCCUUUCUCAGAAAGCAUAUGAAGAAAAUUCUGUAUCACCUAUAAGAUAUGAUCCCUCUAUCCCCAAUGACUUUGAACCAAUUUCCUCAUUGUCUGGGUUUCCUUUAGAUUCUCCCAAACCCCUGGUGCUUAACUUUGAAACGGAGGGUGAACACAACUCAUCUAAUCCCUCAAAUGGGAGGAUCACUUCUAACUAUUUGAAAACUGGGCUUUCUGUAGAAAAUUUUGACUGUGGCUUGGGGGGCUUAGAAGGAACACACCAGGCCCUUGACCUUUUGACAGGGGGAAUGUUGCCUGAGGAAGUUGAAGAAGCUUCACAAUUAAAGAAGCAAGAUUCACUCACAUCCAAAACAGUUAAUCCUACAGGCUUUGGGCCAUCUUCUUGCCUUCCAGACCUUGUUGACUUUGUCACACGGACAUCGGGAGUUCCAAAAGAGAAACUAUGUUCUUCUCUCGCUGAGCCAGGUGACCCUCUAAAGUGUAGUUCCCUGGAGAUGGGACCUCUGCAGCUAGAAAUUUUGGAUGCGUCCAUCCCAGAAGUAGCAGUUGAUCAAGCAGAUGAGGACAGUGAUAAUGCUUUGAAUUUGGUAAAAACUCCAACUUCAGGAUCCCUUUCGAAGGAACAGAUAGUUGGAGGCAAUACAGUCCCUCAAUUAACUGAACAAGAAGCUGCCAUUGAUGCCACCAAGGACCACACACAAUCCAGUGUUCAUAUAUAAUAAAUAAUACCCAGGGCUACUUGUGGAUCAAUCAAAUUAGCUUCUAGAAACCAGAUACCUAGAUGAUCCAGGACAAGUUAGCAAUUUUACCUGGAACCUAUACCCAGAAAUACACUCAGCAGCUUAACCGUAACAUUUGCGGAACUUAAGAAAAUUUACCUCUUCAAACAAAACUUACUUUAAAAUAUCAAAAAAAUCGUAACUUCUAUAUAUGUAUCUGUUAAAAAUAUUCUGUUACCUUUUUCUUAAUUUUUCCUACUUUGUCAUUAAAGUCAAAUGUCGAUCUGGCUCACCACAUAGUGUGCUUUGGUUGUAUUUUGGCCUUGACUCGCUGCAGUUUCUGGAUGUUGGGGAGGAGGGAGACAGCUGACUUCUCAUCUGCUGUGUUAUAUUCCUAUCCAACUUCCUGGGCAGCUGACAGCACCUCUGGGAGAAAACCAGGAGGCUUGCUGAAAAAGGAAGAGUUGUCCUUUUAGGUUUUCAUUUGGAUGGGCCUGCCUUAAUUGUUUGAAAUGUCACGUGAGUAGCCUUUUUAUUUAAUGAUGUCUACUUCCCUUAUUGGCAUGUCAACUCCCAUAUGUCUUUUAUUCUCUUGCCUUUGCUUGAAGUGAUCCUGUUUGGAAAUGGCCUCAAACAUAGAAGAAUAUCUGACAGGCUCUUUUUUGUUUUGUUUUUGAGGUCACUUGUAUUUUUGGAAUGGCCUUUGCUCAUUGUAUUGUGAACUAGUAACAAUUUGCAUUUAAUUGUUUAGCAGCUAUUUCUGUUCAGAAAUAGAAGAUAAGAACCUGAUCUUGUAAUUGGAGUCAUUCUAUGUUCCAUAAACCUAUAUGUAUCCCAUCUUCUACCUCUCCCUUUACCAUUAUUUACACCAUAGUGUGAUGUUUGGGUUGUAUAUUUUGUUAAAAAGAUUAAAGAAUUUAUGACUUGA